AUGGCCGCCGCACCCAUGUUCGGCGUCCUUGCCGCCGGUCGCCUGGUCCGCACUGAUGCCCAAAUCAUCUCCCCCACGCAUUGUGUCUUCUCAGUCUCCAGCGCCCCUCGACUGCCAGACCAUGUGGCGGUCUUUCUGACUGGGAAUGCUCCCCUGCCCGAGGGCUUCGGCGCCGGAGUGCACAUUGGCUGGCCGCGGUCGCCCGUUCCCGGAGCCGGCGCCUUUCCCCAUGCCCCCGGGCCCGAGCCCGAUUAUGCCUGGCGCUUUCUCGGUGUCAUCACCAACGACAAGCCGAGCGCCAUCUUCCGCCUGCGAGCGCAAGUGUCCGCCCUGGCGUCCCUCUCCUUGCCCGGAGGCCACCCGGAUUCCGGCAUGGUCCUCGACGCCGAUGGGGCCCCCUCGGGGAUUGGCGUCGGUUCGUCGGUAUUCUCCUCCUCCCACUCGCCGAACAAUGCCGGCGGCCCGGCCGCCGAUGUCCCCAUGUUGAUUGGCCUGUCUAUCGAGCCACUCGGGGCCCUGGAGGCGCAGGUGUGCGCGCUGCCCCGGCCGGGCGCCGGGGCAGCCCCUGCCCAGCCGCACAAUGCCCUUGUGCUGGCCUCCGCCGCCUCCGCCGGCGCAUCUCCCACCGCCGCCGGGGGGCUUCCUCCUCACCAGCAGGUAGCCUCUUCGGCCGCCAUCGCUCAGAAUCUAGCCGACCAUCUGGUCAACUAUGUGACCUCCUUCGUCGGGUCGGGCCCUGGGGUUGAUCCCCAAGCGGCGGCCAUGGGGGCCGCCGCCACGCGGCUCAUCCAAGACUGGCGUGGCUCAGUCGAUCGGCGCCUCCGCACGGAUCCGGAAUAUUUCUCCCGCCUGCACGAGUAG